CGACUUAGGGCUUACUCACCCUAGGACGACUUUGGAAGAAGGACCUGACCGCGUUAUUACUGUAUUUAUUGGCAGAUGGAGGUGAGAACGUCCUUUGUGUGAACGUAUACCUUCUUUACUACUGCGCAAUCUAUCUACCCAUCCAUCUCGAGCAUCCUGAGUGUUGUGUUUGCCCCACGGAUUGGCUUAUGAGGCUUGCUAAGUGAUCUUCCACUUUCAUUUACAAAAAGAUGGACGGGGUAAAAGGGACAGAACGCGGACCGAGAAUCGAGUGGGAGGAGGAGGGGGAGGAGGAGGAGGGGGAGUCGAAUGACGGUGAUGACGAUGAGGAGGAGGAGGAGGAGGAAGAUCAGGAGAGAGGCACGGACUUGGAGGCUUUGGCGUCGAUACCCACCCCAGGGGAGAGUAUAUAUAAGAUCAGCCGUCAGAUUAAGCGGCAGGACAACGAGCUGUACAGCUGUCUCCGCUCGAUCUAUGAAGACUCGAUGUUUGUUGACGAGAUUGCGCAGCGAUACUCAAGUUUGCCUCUCCUCGCGAAUCUGCGGUGCGGCUUGUGGUACAGCCGUCGAUUCGACGGCACGUGUUACUUCAAGUCGACGGACGGACACAUGGGCAACUGGUCGCUCAGCCUCACACGUCUCAACAUGCACGUGGCGAUGGCGGCGGCAAUCAGAGGCGGCUGUGUUAUCGUCGACGCCACCCGUCGAGGCAAGAGGUUCCCCGACAGUUUAUCCAAGUCUAUCCCAAUCUGGACCUGCGCUCUCAAUCGCGCCGUGAAAAGACAUCGGCUUCUUCGUCGUCACUCUUCCUCCUCCUCCUCCUCCUCCACCUCCUCCUGCCCCGCCGUCUCCUCAUCGUCCUCGUCGUCGUCCUCCUUGUCAACGUCCGCACCAUUGUCGAUAUCCUCUCGUACAGGCCAGACGGAAGGGAAGAAACAACAGCAUGAUAAUGGUGGUAGUAAUGGCGAUGGUGGCGCUGCUGUGGCGGGGGUUGACGACGGUGCUGCGGGGGCUGGUGUCGAUGAAGAGUCGCCUUGCAUGCCGGGUGAGGUGGAGGAGGAGAGGGCUGAGGAUGGGUUACACUUGAGAAAAGGCGGGAAUGGUGAGAGCAUCAAUGGUUCGGCCCGUGUUUGUCGAAAAGUAUCGCCGAAAGGGAGAGAUGCGGCGCUAGAAAAUGCCGAUGGUGAGACAAAAGUAGAAGCACCAGCAGCAGCCGUUAUCGAUCGGGACUUGGAACGUGUCAUUUUUGGGGCGAGGAAAGGGAGUUGCGAGCGCCAUGCUGACGUGGCAACUGCACAUUCAUCAUCAUCGUCAUCGUCGUUGAUGGAUAGCCACAGGAUGGCUGCAACCCGCCGCCGUCAGUUGAGAGGGACCGCCGAUCGGGAUCGGGAUGGAUAUGGAGAUGAGAUUAAAGAUCGGGAUUGGGAUUGCGACCUUCACUUGCCCCUGUGGAUUUCGGAGACGGAGAAGGCGAGCAUAGCCCAGAGAAUGGAUGGAUGGGUGGAUGCCUUGGCGUCGUCGGGAGCGGACGUCCCGUCGUUAGCUCGCGGGGAUGUGUUUCGAAAACCCCUACGGCCUCUGUGGAUUUCCCAGAGCACGCGCGUCUUAAGCAACGAAACGCCGGAAAUUGCGUCUUUACCCUUCACACCCCUGAUCCUCGUUUCUGCGUCGCUCGCUUGUUCAUCCUCCUCGCAUUCUUCUUUUCCCUCGUCGAGGCCCAUUCGCAAGAGCGACGGGGAUUUCGGCUGCUGGACGUACAUUGCCGGAGCGGGAGACGACGAAGAAAGUUGGGCAAGGGGCCUCGAACCCGCGACCUUCUGGAAGCAUCACCGCGAGAUUUUGAACGCCGGUCCCGCCGGCUGUAAUCGACACGUGGCGGGGCUUGUGGAGGUCGACCGGGUUUAUCGAGCAAUGAGAGGUGGUGAUGACACGCAAGUGAGGAGGAGAAGGAGAAGCAGGAGGAGGAGGGAGGGAGAGAAGGGGGCGGCCCGAGCCUCUCAGAGUGUGUCACGCCCUCCUCAAGAGGACAAUCCUUCACACAUGGUGUUAUCUAUAAUGCCGACAUUACCCUUGACGCAGCUCAAUUUGAUGAGCCCGCCCAGAAAUCGAUCACCCCCCGAUCGGCACCGCAGGAUAAGGGUAAGUGGUGAGCAGCAGCAGAAACAGGGAGUUGCUCAGGCUGAUUUUGAGGAACCUGAUGAUGAUGAUGAUGAUGAUGAUGAUGAUGACGAGGAGGAGGAGGAGGAGGAGGAGGAAGAGGACUGCAGGAUAAGGGUAAGUGGUGAGGAGCAGCAGAAACAGGGAGAUGCAAAGGCCGAUUUUGACGAACCUGAUGAUGAUGAUGAUGAGGAGGAGGAGGAGGAGGAGGAGGAGGAAGAGAAGGAGGAAGGGGCGAUAAGGAUGCGAAUGGCACACAAUGCAGUAAAUGAAAGGAACGUGCGGGCGAUCGCAUCUCAAUCGGGUCAAGAACGAGCAAAGCAGAAGAGGGCCUCAAUGAGCAUCGGCGGGUUUCACUGGAUUGGUCACACUGGACUAGCCAUUGGGAGAGUCGAUUGCGAGUUCGAGCUCAUUCCAGAGCCUCGUAAAAGUGCCGCUUUUGACCCAGAGCCUCCUCGUAAAAGUGCCGCUUUUGACGGAUGACCAGAAGCGAGGACGACGAGAGACACGACUUUCAAAUUCAAAUUCGAUCGGCUUCAAAAUAA